CCGUCCGGAAAGAGGGAUCGGUUUGCUAAUUUCAACUUUGUUCCUCCGCCGCUGAGGCGGACUAUUUGCUCUCAGUCUGGGAAGCAGUUUUAAGUUCCCGCUUCCUGAUAGGGGAUCCACGCCUGCCGAUUCAGCUCAGUCCCCACGGGAUGAUGGCUUCCUAGGGCUUGGCCUCACGCAAGGCAUGCGAGGCUCAGAGGGACAUCCCGCGGAGGGAUCCGGUUUGUUGUGGUGAAGGGAGGGGGGGAGACGGUGAGAAACCAAGAUGGCGGCGGCGGCACUAAAGGCCGCGGCGGUUGGGAGGUAACUGUGGUGGUGAAGGCUGCGGUAGUUGGGAGGCAGCGGCAGAGUUUGGAACGAACGGAUCGGGGCGAAGAGGCGAUAGAGUAGCGUCAGCCUGAACCUCUCAGAUCGCGGCAGCUACACGUCCCCUGGGCCCUCAGCGGGCGGCGGCCGCCCCGCUUAGGGCCUAGUCUCCGGGCAGUGCCUCGGCUUCGUACAGCGGCGUCCGCCAUGAGUCCUUAAGGGCGGUCCGAGCCCUCCAGUCCUAGGGCGCACCAUGGAGCCGGGGUCUGACGACUUCCUACCGCCGCCGGAGUGCCCGGUGUUCGAGCCUAGCUGGGCGGAGUUCCGAGACCCUCUUGGCUACAUUGCGAGAAUCAGGCCCAUCGCCGAGAAGUCUGGCAUUUGCAAGAUCCGCCCACCCGCGGACUGGCAGCCACCCUUUGCUGUUGAAGUGGACAACUUCAGGUUUACUCCCCGAAUCCAGAGGCUGAAUGAACUAGAGGCCCAGACGAGAGUGAAACUGAACUACUUGGAUCAGAUUGCCAAAUUCUGGGAAAUCCAGGGCUCUUCCUUAAAGAUUCCCAAUGUAGAACGGCGGAUCUUGGACCUCUACAGCCUCAGCAAAAUCGUGGUGGAGGAAGGUGGCUAUGAAGCCAUCUGCAAGGACCGUCGAUGGGCUCGGGUGGCCCAGCGCCUCAACUACCCACCAGGCAAAAACAUUGGCUCCCUGCUGCGCUCCCACUAUGAACGCAUCGUUUACCCCUAUGAGAUGUACCAGUCUGGAGCCAACCUGGUGCAGUGCAACACACGUCCAUUUGAUAAUGAGGAGAAAGACAAGGAAUAUAAACCUCACAGUAUCCCCCUUCGACAGUCUGUGCAGCCCUCCAAGUUCAACAGCUAUGGUCGGCGAGCCAAGAGACUGCAGCCUGAUCCGGAACCCACAGAGGAAGACAUUGAAAAGAAUCCUGAGCUAAAGAAGCUUCAGAUCUAUGGGGCAGGCCCCAAGAUGAUGGGCCUAGGCCUCAUGGCCAAGGAUAAGACUCUGCGGAAGAAAGCUAAGGAAGGGCCCGAGUGUUCCCCUACUGUAGUGGUGAAGGAGGAGUCAGGCGGGGACAUGAAGGUGGAGUCAACCUCACCCAAGACCUUCCUGGAGAGCAAGGAGGAGCUGAGUCACAGCCCAGAGCCCUGCACCAAGAUGACCAUGAGGCUCAGGAGGAACCACAGCAAUGCCCAGUUUAUUGAGUCAUAUGUGUGCCGAAUGUGUUCCCGAGGGGAUGAAGAUGACAAGCUCCUGCUGUGUGAUGGCUGUGAUGACAACUACCACAUCUUCUGCUUGUUGCCUCCUUUGCCUGAGAUUCCCAAGGGUGUCUGGCGGUGUCCAAAGUGUGUCAUNUGUCAGGACUGGUUCCAUGGGCGAUGUGUGUCGGUACCCCGCCUCCUCAGUUCCCUAAGGCCCAGUCCCACCCCAUCCCCACUGCUGGCCUGGUGGGAGUGGGACACCAAAUUCUUGUGUCCGCUGUGCAUGCGCUCACGGCGCCCACGCCUGGAGACCAUCUUGGCACUGCUGGUAGCACUGCAGAGACUGCCUGUGCGGCUGCCUGAGGGUGAGGCCCUACAGUGCCUCACAGAGAGGGCCAUCAGCUGGCAAGGCCGUGCAAGGCAGGCUCUGGCCUCUGAGGAUGUGACUGCUCUGUUGGGACGGCUGGCUGAGCUUCGCCAGCGGCUGCAGGCUGAACCCAGGCCCGAGGAGCCCCCUACCUACCCUUCAGCCCCUGCCUCUGACCCUCUCAGAGAAGGCAGUGGCAAGGAUAUGCCUAAGGUGCAGGGGUUGCUAGAGAAUGGAGACAGCAUGACCAGUCCUGAGAAGGUAGCCCCGGGGGAGGGCUCAGACCUGGAGCUGCUGUCCUCGCUGUUGCCACAGUUGACUGGCCCUGUGUUGGAGCUGCCUGAGGCAACCCGGGCCCCCCUAGAGGAGCUCAUGUUGGAGGGGGACUUGCUUGAGGUGACCCUGGAUGAGAACCAGAGCAUCUGGCAGCUGCUGCAGGCUGGGCAGCCUCCAGACGUGGAGCGGAUCCGCACACUUCUGGAGCUGGAGAAGGCAGAGCGCCGUGGGAGCCGAGCACGGGGCCGGGCACUGGAGAGGCGGCGGCGGCGGAAAGCAGAUCGGGGUGGGGAGGGUGAUGACCCAGCCCGAGAGGAGCUAGAGCCAAAGAGGGUACGGAGCUCAGGGCCAGAGGCCGAGGAGGCCCAGGAGGAGGAGGAGCUGGAGGAGGAGACUGGUGGUGAGGGCCCACCCCCACCCCUGCCCACCACUGACAGCCCCAGCGCCCAGGAGAAUGGCUUGGAGCCUGCACUGGGGGCCAGUUCAGGCUCCUCGGGCCCUUUUCCCACUUUGACUCCCCUGUGCCCUGCUCACAGCAGCCGCCUCAGCAACAGCUGUGACAGUGGCUGAGCCUAGCACAGACCCCAACAGAGACCCCUUGGCCUCAAGGAUCCUCUUUCUGACCAUCAAGCCUGCUUCUUGGGAGGUGGGCGAGUAGGGGGGAUGACCACCCCAGCCCACCCCUGAGUCCCUUGACUUUUACAUUCUGACUCCAAGGUAUUGUUCAGACCUCAGCUCCUGGGGGCUGGCCCCUGGAGUCCCCCUCCCUGGUAGCCU